CCGAACGGCAAAAAAAGAUAAACAAACGACGUCGUCGAUUCAGAGAAUCUACUGCCCCCCCCGCCUUCGCCGCCUUUGACUCUGCUUUCCGACUAGAUCAUCUAUACUCUUUCUAGUCAUCUCGUGGAUCGAGGCAAAGUUUGAGAGAGGUUCUCAUGAUUUCAUGUUAAACACUUCUGUUAUUGGAUGCUAUUGAUAUCUCUGCGCUGAGGGAAUGAAUUUGGACUCUUCUGAUUCAUCAAAUCCACAACAUAACAAGACUGCAGAUAUGGCAAUGCCCAAUUCUGUGGAAUCUGUUCCAGAUAAUUCAGCAACCGAUGCACCUUCUAAAUCUACUUCUGGCAUCACCUCGUGGGCAAAAAAUUUGAAAAUUCCGCAGCCAUUUUUGGGAUCCCAAAAUGAAUCACCAUCUGGAAAUUCUGGGAAGUCAUCUUUUGCUCGUUUCACUGGUGGGCUUGGAUUGCGCUUGUCACCGAAAUCUCCUCAGUCACCGAAAUCUCCUCAGGCAGAUGAAGGUUCUGAAGGGUCCUUGUCAAGUGCACAACCAGGUUUUAUUGGAACUAUCACAAAAGGGUUGGUUGAUUCAUCUAAGAGUGCAGUGAAGGCCGUACAGGUCAAAGCUCGACAUGUUGUGUCUCAAAAUAAACGAAGAUACCAGGAUGGAGGAUUUGAUUUAGACAUGACUUACAUCACAGAGAACAUUAUUGCGAUGGGCUUCCCUGCUGGUGACAUGAGCUCUGGUUUUUUUAGCUAUGUUGAGGGAUUUUAUCGGAAUCACAUGGAGGAAGUAAUCAAGUUCUUUGAAACUUAUCACCAGGGGAAAUACAAAGUCUACAAUCUCUGUUCUGAGAGAUUGUACGAUGCAUCACUGUUUGAGGGAAAGGUGGCUAGUUUUCCAUUUGAUGACCACAAUUGCCCUCCUAUUCAGCUCAUAAUAUCAUUUUGCCAUAGUGCAUAUUCAUGGUUGAAGGAGGAUAUAGAAAAUGUUGUGGUUGUUCACUGUAAAGCUGGAAUGGCAAGGACGGGGCUGAUGAUUUCUAGUCUUCUUCUGUACUUGAAGUUCUUUCCCACAGCUGAAGAGUCUAUUGAUUAUUACAAUCAGAAAAGAUGUGUAGAUGGGAAAGGGCUUGUUCUGCCUAGUCAGAUUCGAUAUGUCAAGUAUUUUGAACGCAUUUUGACAUACUUCAAUGGAGAAAACCAGCCUGGGCGCAGGUGCAUGCUUAGAGGCUUCCGGCUUCAUAGAUGCCCCUACUGGAUCAGACCAACCAUUACAGUAUCUGAUCAUAAUGGAUUGCUCUUUUCAACCAAAAAGCAUCCAAGAACCAAGGAUCUGUCGCCUGAAGAUUUUUGGUUUAGUGCACCGAAGAAGGGGAUAAUGGUUUUUGCUCUUCCUGGGGAGCCUGGACUGACAGAGCUAGCUGGCGAUUUCAAAAUACACUUUCAUGAUCGCCAAGGAGACUUCUAUUGCUGGUUGAACACUACAAUGAUCGAAAAUCGCAAAGUACUAAACACUAGUGAUCUUGAUGGGUUUGACAAGAGAAAACUACCAUCCCCGGGUUUCCAAGUUGAAGUUGUGCUCGUGGAUUAUGACUCUGCUGUUCCAGCAGGACCUCCUUCAGAAGCCACUGCUAGUACACCGAUUGAAAUUUCGGGUCCUCCUACACCUGUUGAUGAGGCUGCAGCUGCAACAAACUCGAACAAAGACUCUGGAAAUCAAGAGAAAGAUGAUGUGUUCUCUGACAUUGAGGCCGAGGAAACUGGGUCAUCGAAAACUAGGCAAACUAAAGCAGCUCCUGAAACUAGUGGAACAGAUAACACAACAGCUUCUCGUCCUGACAAUAAACUCGACCUGAAGCAAGUUGCAAACUUGGCAGACAAGGCAGAGAAAGUCUCCUUAGGAAAUGCAGGGUCUGUACCUACUCAGCCGAAGAAGGAUGUGGUUGAAAACUCAGCAGGAGUGGUAAGUGAGUUCAAGGCAAUGGCUGCUGAUGCAUCUGUUUUCUCAUUUGGAGAUGAUGAGGAUGAUGAAAGUGAUUAAAGGUACUUGAUACUCACGAUGUAUUUGCCCGAAAUCCGUAUAUAAUACUUGUGAAUAUCCAAAAAUCUUGUUUUCGACACCUUAAACGUGUCAUUUCUGUUGGACGAUCGAUUUCUUUGAAGUCGAGCUGGAUCUAUCAACUAUGGCUGCCUAACUCAAAGGUUACUGUUGAUUAUAUUUAUUUCUUUAAUAAAGUGUUGGAAAUGUGUUUGUUUUAACUCAUCAUGCAGUAUCAAUUUGAUAUGAAAUUGUAAGUCCUAACUUGGA